AUGACUGCUGCCGGCAAUGACCCAAUGUCAAUAGUGGUCCAAGGCGCGGCCUUGGUGAGCUUCAUCUGGAGCUGCACGGUGUUUGUCGUCCAGUCGAUCGGCAUCUAUCAGAUUCUACGCAGUCACUCCGCACCGGGACCGCCUCCAGUGUCGACGACGUCUGUCCCCGACAAUGAGAUCCCACACAUUACCAUCAUCCGUCCCGUGAAGGGUAUCGAAGUCGGGCUCUACGAAUGCCUCGCCUCGACCUUCCAGCUCGCCUACCCGAAAUCGAAGUUCACCAUCCACCUCUGCGUGUCGACGGCCGACGACCCAGCGUAUCUAGUCCUCCAGCAGCUCCGCGCCGACUUCCCCGACAUCGACGCCCGGAUAUUCGUCGAGGACGAUGACCCGCUGCUCCAUGGCGCCGAUGGGCAUGUCAACAACCUGGGGCCAAACCCCAAGAUCCGCAACAUGAGCCGGGCCUACCGCGAGGCAAAGGGGGAUCUCAUCUGGAUUGUGGACUGCAACAUCUGGGUCGGGUCCGGGUCAGCCGCAAGGAUGGUCGACAAGCUCUGCGGGUUCCGUCCCAACGGCGAACGCGCAACCCCUUACAAACUCGUGCACCAGCUUCCUCUCGUCCUCGACAUCGAGAAUUCUUCGAGUGCUUCCUCCACAGAAGAGGAACACGGCCUCCUCCCCAAGCCCGGAACCAACCUCCCACGAUCACGCCAUAACGACCCCCCCAGGAGCAGAUCUCUCUUCGACCACGGCGGCCGCCUCGAAGAAAUGUUCAUGGCCACCAGCCACGCCAAAUUCUACUGCGCCAUCAACACCGUAAGCAUAGCCCCCUGCACCAUCGGCAAAAGCAACAUGUUCCGCAAGUCCCACCUCGACCGCUUCACCGACCCAGCCGCCAACCCGCUCCUCUCCGCCUCCGACUCUACCCGCGGCCGCGGCCUCGACUUUUUUUCAUCUUACAUCUGCGAAGACCACCUCCUCGGCGACCUCAUUUGGCGCUCCCAACUAUCACCCGCGACCGGCGACGGCGCCUUCAACCAACACGGCCUCGUCUUCGGCGAACCUGUCAUCCAACCCAUCGCGGGUAUGUCCGUAUCGUCCUACGUCGCCCGCCGCGUGCGCUGGCUACGCGUGCGGAAAUGGACCGUGCUAGCCGCAACCCUCGUCGAACCGGGCAUCGAACCCUUCCUGUGCAGUCUGCACGUCGCCUUUGCGCUGACCUCUCUGCCCUGGGCACGCGACCGAUUAUUCGGCAGCCCCGACGCGUUGUUGUCCUCCGCCCCGCCCACCUGGGGUUCUAUGGCGGGAAUCUGGCUAUUCACAGUCACGGCGUGGAUGUUGCUAGACUGGUGGUUCAGUACCCGGCUUGGGCGUCUCGCCAGCGUUGAGGUGGAUGCCAACACCCCUGGGUUUGCGAUGGGGUCCGGUCGGCAGGGUGGCGUGCCGAGGAGACCAUUCUUGCAGUUUCUAGGUGCUUGGCUGGGUCGCGAAGCGCUGGCUCUGCCGAUUUGGACGUGGGCUGUGUUACUGGGCACGACGGUGGAUUGGCGAGGAAAGAAGUUUCAGGUGCGGAUGGAUAUGAGUGUGGUGGAGUGUGAAGAUGGGAAUAAGGGGAAGAGGAAGCGGACGUCGGCGGCGUUGUCGGUGCCGUCUUCGGAUACGAGUCGGCCGAGUUCGAGGAAUAAGGAUCGGAUAGAUUGA